UUCCUGGUUCUCCUCUUCUUAUAAAUACAAAGGCAGAGCUGGGAUCUUGGGGCAUCAGAGAGCCCAGGAGUGCUCAGGCUGGCACAGUCUGCCCACCGAGAAGAUGAAGACCUCGAUUGCUGCCCUCUCCGUCCUCAUCCUUGCCGCCCAGGCUGCGAUGGAUCUGGCCAUGAUGAAGAACGUGAAGCAACAUUCAAUACUGUCUCAUGGAGGCUUUCACCGUCCUGCUGACUGCUGCUUCUCUUACACCCCACGAAAAAUCCAAUGUGUAAACAUGAAAGAUUAUACACUAACGACCAGUGAGUGCUCCAAGCCUGCUGUCAUCUUCCUCACCAAGAAGGGGCAGCGUGUCUGCACCAACCCUGAUGACGAGCAAGUUCAGAAAUGCAUGUCAGAGCUGAAGCUGACCUCCACCAUCAAGGACCUGAAAAGCAUACUGCUUAAGAAGGAACACUUUUGGCCCCGGCCACCUCUUGGGGAAGCCUUGGCCUGAAUUAUUUUUUAAAAAGCAGCAAUUACUGUUCUGUUCUGGUUACAAAAGCAAAGCAGAAAUAAAGAGUAUUCCACUGCACUUCCUUGAACUUUAAGAGGAAGAAGAAUCUGUAGGAGUCGCUGGACUUGGGAUGUGUGGUUUUUUCCAAAAGGAAACAUGAUGGUAUAAUUUUUUAAAGCUAAAAACAUGACAUUCCAAUACAGAUUGAAUAUGCAUCCAAGAUAUAUUUAACCUAUGAAUGAGGGAGCCAUUAAACUGAUUCAAAGAUC